UAAUUAAAGUAGCUUUUUACAAGAAGAGGUACAUAUACAGAAGAAAUCAAGAAAAUAUCAGAGACAUGGAAAUGGAGUCAUGUGUACCACCUGGCUUUCGUUUUCACCCCACCGAAGAAGAACUCGUCGGUUAUUAUCUCAAGCGAAAAAUCGACUCUCAGAAAAUCGAUCUCGAUGUAAUCACUGACAUCGAUCUCUACCGAAUGGAGCCAUGGGACAUUGAAGGGAGGUGCAAAUUGGGAUAUGAAGAACAGAAUGAGUGGUACUUUUUCAGCCACAAGGACAGGAAGUAUCCGACCGGUACACGGACCAAUAGGGCGACAACAGCUGGCUUCUGGAAGGCGACCGGACGAGACAAGGCUGUGCUUUCGAAAGAACGAAUUAUAGGCAUGAGAAAGACUUUGGUUUUCUAUAAAGGUAGAGCGCCGAACGGCAGGAAAACCGAUUGGAUCAUGCAUGAAUAUCGCCUUCAAACUUCUGAACAUGCACCUCCUCAGGAAGAAGGAUGGGUCGUAUGCCGAGCAUUCAAGAAACCGAAUCCGAGUCACAAGCAAGGUGGUUGGAAUAACAACGGUUACUACAUCAGAAACAGCACCGGUUACUACAACAAUAGGCCUCCGUCGUAUCCGAGCACCUCGAGUAGUACACUAAUGUGUAAUUACGAUCCUGCCCUCAAUCAAGAAUCGAAUUUUCUCCAAAGCCCUUUCGACAGCUCGUCGAUUUCGACGGGCUUCGUGGCGAUCAACGACAAUAGUUUCGAGGGUAGUGGUGGUGUGUUAGCGAAUCAUGAGGAGAAUAUUAAUAUUGAAGACGAGAAGAGCGGUUUUAGCAACGAAUUCGGCGACGAGUGGAAGAGCUUCGAUAAUGGAGUUGGACAACCAUCUUCUUCAUCAUCAUAUUCUUACACAAACAUGCCAUUGCUACUUCCCCACAUUAAUAUUAUUAAUGAUGACGUGGAUGCUCAAAACCAUUUAAGCCACGUGCUUGAAUGCUUUCAUGACUUUUAGCAGCACCUACACAAAUUCCAUUCACACAUAUAUAAAUACUAGAAAGGUGGACGUGCGUUGCACGUCUCGUAUUAAUUUAUAUAUUUUUGUGUCGUAGUUGACAUAUUUGUUCAAAAUACUAAUAUAUAUUCAAAAUAUUCAGUAUGUUAAAUACAUUGAUAAUCAUUUUCAAUAAAAUAUAACUUUAAUAAUGAAAUACAUAAACAAAUUCAUACUUCUACUCAUAUGUAUUCAUGAUAUAUAGCAUUUUUUUUUCUUUUUACUUAAUAAUUUAAUGCUUUCUUUUGUGUCAUUUUCUUCAGAUGAUCUUGAUAGUACCUCAUCAUGAUCAUUAGAGAACAUGUUAUUUACGUGUUAUUUUCUUAUUGGUUUUUUUUCUUCUUAAAAUAUCUUCUUUAAUUCCUAGGAGUGUAUCAUAUUGUUUUACAUUUACAUGUUAUUUAUGAUGCACGGAAACUUAUGUAGAGGUGCGUUUCCAAAUCUUGAAAAUGUUUCGAAACCGAAACCUCCUGACACCUGGCUGAAACAUUUUGGAGCCAUUUUCAUAUAUAUUGAAAUAUUUUGGGGGAAUUUAUGGUAAUAAUGAAAAAAACAGAAACGUGUUUCCAUCAAAAAAGAAUCGCAAACCCGUUUUAGAUAAAAACUCGGAGAACUGCGUACGCCUGAAAACAUCUUAAAUCUUAUGCGUGUUCUAGUAUUUUUUGUAGAUGGUAGUUCUAUGCUAAAGCAAAUUUACUCCAACCGUACAUAAUUUGUGGAAUUAUAUUGGAACUUAUAAGUUAUAUAUAAUUUGUACAUAUAAAUAUGUUAUUGAUGAUAACACAUAUAAGUUAACGUUCUAAUAGUUUAUAAAAAUUAUGGAUGUACUCUCUAUAUUUUAAAUAUAUACAUGUUUUCUCCAUGUUUCCGUAUCCAUAUUCUUGAAAAACGGAGUUUCCCAUUUUGAUGUGUCCGCGUUACCAUGUUCAUGCUACAUAGCUUGUUAUAUGGAUGUAUUUAUUUUUAUCUGUUUAAAUUAUCCCGAAAAUUAUGUCGCUAUCAACUAUCACUUUUGGUUCCUAGUGGUCGUACAUUUGUAUUUAGUGCAGUAAGAAGAUACAAUCCAUUAGAUGUUUGUAAACUUUAGUUCUUUAGUAUUAGUCUUCACCAUUUUGAAAAUGAUUUAUGUUAGUACUUCGUUAAUGGUUCCACCAUUUCAAAU